GCGCCGUGCUGAUCGGCGGCGUGUUUGCCGUUGAACGGCUGGGGCUGUUCGAUCUUCAGGUCCUGCCUCUCCAUCCACUGGUUCUGGCCGUGGCGCUGAUUGCCGCUCAAUACGGUGCUUCGGGUGGCAUCAUGGCCGCCGCCAUGGCCUCCGCUCUUGCCCUGUUGGGCGGCACGCUGCCCCAAAGGGUAGUGGGUGAGGACUAUUUCGAAUAUCUCGCCGCCGUGUGGACGACGCCUCUGGCCUGGCUGAUCAUCGCGGUACUUGUCGGGAUCAUCUCAGAUGGUCAUCGGCGGCUGUUGCAGCGCUCCGAGCAAGCGCUUUUUGAAACGCAAAAAGAGCGUGACCUGAUUUCAGCGCAGUAUGAGGCUCUGGCGGCUCGUGCCAAGCGGCUCGAAAGGCGCGUUGCCGGGAUUGAAAGAUAUUUGGGACUUCCGAACGGCAUCAAGCUCGGCGGCACCAAUCGGCACAGGGAGAAGGAGUUGCUCUAUGCGCAGGGGGACCUGGCUGGCGACAUCUUUAUCGUCGAGUUCGGUUGCAUCCGCGUCUCCCGGAUAACGCUGGAGGGCCUUCGACUGGUUACCGGCUUUUAUUUUGCCGGAGAUGUCUUCGGCUUUGAAACGGGUGCUGAGCGGCAAUGCUACGCGGAAGCUCUGGAAUAUUCAGGGACGCGGAAAUUUCAUCUCGACGAGAGGGAUUUGGCGAAUCCGCAGAUUGCCGACAUGCUGUUCGGCUACCUUGAAAGCAUUCAGCAGCACCUGCUGAUUUUGGGAACCCAGAACGCUAUCGAACGGGUGGCCGCAUUUCUCGUGGGGAUUGCUGAUCGCCGCGGAGGCGAGGGUCCCCGAGCCCGUCUUCCGAUGUCGCGAUGCGAUAUCGCCGAUCAUCUGGGGCUGACGCUGGAAACGGUAUCGCGUGCAAUUCACCGCCUGCAGGUUCUCAAGCUCAUCACCCUGGUGGGUGCACGCGAUGUCAUCCUGCUCGACCGGGAUGCCUUGAUAGAUUUGGGCGCCUAG